CCCCCCCCAAAGCGUCGCUCCCACGCGGGACCCCCCGAGCCCCCCGGCCGGCAGCAUGGCUUCCCUCCCGCUCCAGGCCCGGAGGCUCCUGGGUCGGCAGACGCGGCGGCAGCAGCGGCCGUCGUUCCUGGAAUCCUGGGUGCGAGCCCUGGUCACCCUGUGCUCCGCCCUGACCGUGGUCCUCUCCUCCGUGUCCGUCUGCGACGGCCGCUGGGUCUUCCUGCGGGGCCAGCGGCUCCUGGGCCUGUGGCCCGCGUGCCCUGCGGGCCCCGGGCCCCUCUGCGUCCCCGGGGCGGGCUCGGCCGGCCCCCCGCCGGCCCUCCUGGGGUCCCUGGCCGUGGCGGUGGCCAUCCUGGGCCUGGCGCUGCUCAUGGCGGCUCAGGUGUGCGGGGAGGCCCGCGCCCGGGGCAGGUGGGCCCUGGGGUGCGGCCUGGUCCUCUCGGCGUCCGUCCCGUCGGCCGCGGGGCUGCUGGUCUUCGCCGCGCCCGUCCUGGAGGCCCGCGCCCGCUUCACGCUGACCUUCUGGUGUCAGGUCACGGCUUCCUCCCUCUUCCUCCUCAACGGGCUCAGCGGCCUCUACGUCCACCGCCUGACCCGCCCGCGGCCCGCCACCCGCUGAGGACCCUCCCCACUGCCUCACGGACCAGCCGCCGGGACCCCGAGGGGCACUCGGGGCCUCUGGACCGGACCGCCGACCCCCACGGCCCCCGUCCGGACCGGUUAACGAUAAUGACAGCGAUAUGUGUUAAGCUCUUAACUCUGUGCCAGGCACUGUACUAAGCAGAGGGGGACACUGGGUUGGACGCAGUCCC